AUGUCGGCGAAGAGAAAGUCAUCCGCCAUGAGCACACCGGCUCACAGUGCCUCCAGGAGAACGAGAUCACGAAUGCAAUCUGCCGCAGAGUCUGUUGCUGAGUCCGUCGCAGAAUCUGGUGCUGAGUCUGGUGCUGAAUCUGUUGCCGAGACUCGCGUAGAGUCUGCUUCAGAGUCUCCCUUGAAAGAAGAGAUUAAUGUUGAUGAUCUCGAUCUCGACGUAUCCUAUGUGGGCAAAAUCAAGCUGCCGGACCCGCCUGAGCGACCCAAGCGGAAGAGAUGGACUCAUAAGGGCGCUGAGCCAAUUAUGCAGAUGCAGGAUGUCCCUCAAGGGUGGAACACCGAAGAACCAGAUCUGGAUCCCGAUGAUGUUGAUGCUCUAAUAGCUCGGUGCAAGGAGCGGAUCAAUGUAGAUAGGAUCUUGCCAUACAUGUUCAAAGGCAAGCUUGCCAGGCUUGAGAAAGAAAAGAACAGAAGAGAAAACUUGAUGGCAAAUUACCCAGGCCUGAGCUGGAACGUCGUCAAGCGGAUUGUCCAGCUGGAAGGCGCCGUGAAAUAUCUCGAAAAACGUCAUCUUGAAGGCCGGAAAGGUGAAUACGAAAGGCUUCAAACCGCGCUGGCAAUCCAAGAGGCAUACCGGGUGGGAGACCUCGGAUUGCACGCAGGACUUGUGACAUACUGGGCUGAGGGAAGGAGACUGUCCGAGCCAAGACCCUGA